GUGUCAACGUCAAAACAAAAGUCAAAACAAAACCCAAAUAGAGGUUACAAUUUUAAAAACAAAUAUUUUAGAAUUGACGAUGUUAAACUGAAUAUUAUAUUAUUACAAUGAACCGAGUGAGUAAUAUCAAUGUAAUUAAAACGAUGUUAAUAAAAAAUCCAGUCGAAGAUGUGGCAGCUAAAAAAAUGUUUCGAGUAGCUUUGAACAAAUCCCAUGCUACUCUAAUUUAUAAUAAAAUUAAUCCGAAUACCUACGAUUUAAUUCACACAUUCAUUCCUAAAAGGUACCAAGGAACCGGUUUAGGAAGUAUAUUUGCUUUUAAAAUAUUUGACUACCUCAUAGAAAAGAACCUGAAAUACAAGUUGACUUGCGAGUUUUUGAUAAAAAUCUGCGAUAAAACCAAAGGAAAAUAUGAACUGAACCGAAUUAAAGACUAAGAAGAAGUAUCAUUAGAUUUUAGCAUAAAUGUUUUUCUAUAUGUGUACCUACAUUGAACUUUAAGUAAUUCGUUCGAUGAAAUGUUAAAUAAUGGAAUUUAAAAAAAUUCAAACGAGAAUAAAUUAAAAAAAUUCGUAAAGA